GAAGGGAAAAGGAAGAAAAGAUUGGAUUUGCUAAUGUUAUAUCAUAACCUCUAUCUAUAUGGAAGGGAAAAGGUUGAUCGCAGUUUCGCAAGCUCAUUCCAUCGGAUGGAGGUGAUAAUAUUAUAGAUUAUAAUGUCCGAUGUUGUAGAAGAUCUGACCAACCCGAAUGACCACUUCCGGCGAGCUUGAUUUAAAAUUCUUCUAUGUCCAAACACUCCAAUCCAACCAAUUUUUGUUUUGCCUACCAAAAACCUUGUUGUUUUGAGCCAUAACAAAAGAGAGAGCCCAAAGGAUCGCAUGUGCCUUUGCCUUUAAUAAAAGCUAGGUCCUCUCAACGGUCGGAAUUUUCAAUUCUCUUCCCAAAGCAAGUAUCGCCCCAUUUGGACGACUCUUCAAAACCCGCCAAGGAGUACCAAUGCAAAGUGACAGCCCCUCCCAGCCUUUCUUUGGCUUCCCGUCCUCUUUCUCUUCACCUGAAAACCAGAGAGAAAACGAACCCAAGGCAAGGAAUAGAGAUCAGAGAAGAUGGGUGCACCCAAGACUUCACCAAAGGCCGCUCCCAAGACGGAGGAAUCGACCACCCUCGAAUCCCUCUUUGACCUUGAUUCCAAGGCCAACGACAUCUCCGGCGCCACCUUGUUAUCGCCAACUUCUUCUGAGUUCGCAAAGGAUGAGCUCAUCUCCAAGAUCUCCUCCUGCACCCGUGUCUUCACCUUCACUGACCCUGCGGAGUCCCCAUCACAGCAAGACCUCAAGAGAUGCAGACUCGCUUGGAUCCUCUCUGCCAUUCGCUCUACCAAAAAACUGCUCGACGAUCGGGUCCUGGCCUCCCUCAUCUCCAUGCUCUCUGCCAACCUCUUUCGCCAACUUCCCCUGCCAUCCCUCCCAUCCCUCCCAUCCGAUUUCCUUGACAAUGACUGCCUUGCAAUGGUGCUUGCCCCUUCAUGGCCUCACCUGCACAUUGUCUAUGAUAUACUUGGAGCUCUUGUCACACACGCUAAGCCUAAGUCCCUUCCUGGUCACAUUGACCAUGCCUUCCUCCUGAACCUUUUAGGCCUCUUCCAAUCGGAGGACCCACGGGAGCGUGACCGCCUCAAGAAUGUGUACCACCAGUUGUACUCAAAGCUGACCGACGAGCGGUCGUUCAUGAGGAGGUCGAUGAGCAACGUGUUCCUACGCUUUGCCUCUGAUGCAGAGCGGCACUCUGGCAUCGGGGAGUUGCUGGAGAUAUGGGGAAGCAUCAUCAAUGGGUUCGCGGUGCCCCUCAAGGAGGAGCAUAGGGUAUUCUUGGCACGGGUGUUGGUACCACUGCACAAGUCGAAGUGGAUGCCGUCCUAUUACCAACAGCUGUUCUACUGUGUUUCCCAGUUUGUUCAGAAGGAGCCUGAGCUGGGUGGGGUGGUGCUGAGGGGGAUACUGAGGUAUUGGCCUGUGACCAACUGCCAUAAGGAGGUGCUGAUAAUUGGGGAGCUGGAGGACUUGGUGGAGAGCUUAUGCCCCAGCGAGUUUGAGAAGCUAGCUGUGCCUCUCUGCUCUCAAAUUGCCAAGUGCUUGAGCAGUUGUAACUCUCAGGUAGCCGAAAGAGCUCUCUAUGUAUGGAAUAAUGAACAGUUUGUGAGAAUGGCAUCAAGGUGUAUGGAAAAAAUUCUUCCUGCUAUUGUCCAAGGCAUCGAGAAGAACCUCAGCUGGCACUGGAGCAAGUCAGUCCAGGAGCUGACAAUGAGUGUCAAGACUAUGCUGGAAGAAAUGGAGCCUGAGCUAUACUCCAAGUGUCUCCAGGAGCUGGCCCAUCGAGAAUCAGUGGCUGAGCAGGAAGAGAUCAAGAGGAAGGUGAGGUGGGAAAGGCUGGAAAGGGCUGCAGCUAAUAACAAUUGCUCCAACCUUCAAAUUGUACAUGUGUCUCCCAAUAACAGAAGCAACCCUCACACAAGUUCUUUACUUGCAUCGAGAGCUAGAAGAGUCAUAGCUCCUGCAUUCCACUCUUCAAGGAAUUUUGGUUAUGGAGAAUCUAAACUCUUUAAGUGAACAUUUGUACCCGAUAUUUCUGUUUCACUUAGAAAAAGAAUCAACUGAAGGCAUUUCCCCAGGUAGAUUCACUGGGUUCUACUUUGUUCUUUUGGUAGCUUCAUUGGAUUCCACUUUGUUCUUUUUCUUGGAAUUCACUUAAGACUUAGUCUAUAGAAAACCAUGCUUGUCUUCAA